AUGAUUUUAAAAUCUGCUAAAGAAAACGAUUCUGUUCCCACCAAAACACUCUCUAAUAUAACGAGACUGCUAAAAAACAAGGCUCAGACCAAUAAUCAAAACCCAGAACCAUCUUUACUUAAUGAAUAUAAAUUAGAAGCUUAGAUUGGACAAGGGUAAUUUGCUUAAGUUCGAAUUUGUCGAUCGAAAGACAAUGGACAGCGUUUUGCCAUGAAAAUAUAUUAGAAGAGUAAGUUAGAUCAGAAAACCUUGAAUGGAAUUCACAGAGAGAUUGCAAUUCUUAAAUAGUUGGAACAUCAGAAUAUCGUUAAAAUACAUAAUUCUUUAGAAGAUGAUAAAUGUAUUUACCUCAUGCUUAAUUUUGCUUCAUCUGUAUCACUAGCAGAAUUUACCAAAGACAGGUAGUUAUCAGAAUAACAAAUUAAAAUUAUAUUCAAGUAGUUGAUGUUGGCUGUACAAUAUUUGCACUCAAAGAGUAUAUCACAUAGAGAUAUAAAAUUGGAAAAUAUUCUAUAUAGUUAACAAAUAGUUUUGAUUGACUUCGGAUUUGCCAUUCAAACAGAUAAGUUAUGUUCAGUUUAAUGUGGAACUCCAAAUUAUAUGGCUCCUGAGUUGCUAAUCAAAUAACCAUACAAUCCAUUUGCAGCAGACAUCUGGGCAUGUGGAGUUGUAUUGCAUUAAUUAUUAGUUGGAGAAUUCCCAAAGAAUCACAAAAUAUCAAAUUCCAUAUGUGGACCAUUGUAAAGAAUUCUAUUGUCCUGUCUAGACAAGAAUGCAGAAAGAAGAUGGACUGCAGAUAAAGUAGUGAAUGAACUUAAUCAGAUUACUUAUUAAUGA